AGUGUAUAUAUGGUUGCCUAAGUAAAUUGUCAACACAUUUUUUGCAUCGGUCUGGCAAGAUAUUUGGAUUUUAUUUAUACCGAUUUCUACAUUCAGCAUCCAGCACUGCGCAAAAGAAGUUGUGUGGCAUUUUCCCAGUAAAUCGUUAAUAACAAGCUAUAUUAAUGUCAUUACGUAGCUUGCAGUUAAUAAAAAGGAUGUCGAGCAAGAUCCCCGAGGUCGACAUCGAUCCAUCUGGUGUGUUCAAGUAUAUCUUGAUAAAACUGGACGUGCAGGAAGACUCCGAUAAAAUCACCGCCGAUGUCGUGCGAGGUUAUGCUGAGUGCGGGUAUCACGCCGACAUUAACGACAAGUUCAACGACGAUCUGAAGAGACUGAAAAAAGAAGGCCAGAUUCAGAACUUUAAGACCAAAGUUCAAGGCGGUGGGCGUAUUCAACACGAUCCAGAUGUGAAGAUGAUCAAAGUCUAUGGAUAUUCUCAGGGAUACGGAAAAGCCGAUCAUGAAUUAACAGUGGAAAUACUCAAGAAGAAGUAUCCGGGGUACGAUAUCAGUUGGAGCGACGAGGGGUAUUGAUUCCCAGUGCGUCACCGCCAUCUUUGAGUGUCACUUUGCACAUCGAGGACUAUUAUCCUGAUUUGAUUGCUGCCAGCACUUUUUUUUUCAGAUUUACCUUGUAUUUUACAAAUGUCUGCAUGUAAAUUCAAUAAAUAACUGAAUGUACUUAUUCAA